CACGACAAUACCUUGCACCAUCACCAUCACAACCUGACCACCUACAACGUCACAAAUACUGUGGUCAAGCUCUCUUUUUAUAGAAGAGGGAUAGUAUAGGCAUUUCAUCAGCCUAUUCAAACAAUUCCUCCACAGCUGGGUAAACUUGUAGCAACACUAUGGGUAACCAGCAGUCUGGCCUUGGAGGCCCAGGCGGAGGCGGUGAUGAUAAGGACUCAAAGGACAAGAAGAAGGAGAAGCCAAAGUACGAGCCACCGCCACGUCCAACGACCCGCAUUGGGCGCAAGAAGAAGAAGGCACAAGGACCCAACGCGUCUGCGAAGCUCCCACAAGUCUACCCGACGUCACGAUGCAAAUUACGAUACCUGCGAAUGCAGCGAAUCCACGACCAUCUGUUGCUCGAGGAGGAAUAUGUGGAGAACCAGGAACGCCUUCGCAGGGCAAAGACGGCAAAGGAGGGCGGUGCACCAGUCGCCAAUGGCGACCCGGAUGCCGAGGAUCGUAAUGCCGAUGAGCGUGGCCGUGUCGAUGAUAUGAGAGGUAGCCCGAUGGGAGUCGGAACUCUGGAGGAGAUGAUCGAUGACGACCAUGCCAUUGUUUCCAGCACAACGGGCCCGGAAUACUACGUCUCCAUCAUGUCGUUCGUCGACAAGGAUCUGCUCGAGCCUGGGGCAAGCGUUCUGCUGCACCACAAGUCGGUGUCCAUCGUUGGUGUUUUGACCGAUGAUGCUGAUCCGCUUGUCACGGUCAUGAAGCUGGACAAGGCACCAACGGAGUCUUACGCGGAUAUUGGUGGACUGGAGCAGCAAAUCCAGGAAGUCAGAGAGUCCGUCGAGCUGCCUCUCAUGCACCCCGAGCUUUACGAGGAGAUGGGCAUCAAGCCUCCGAAGGGUGUCAUUCUCUACGGAGCACCCGGUACAGGAAAGACGCUUCUCGCCAAGGCCGUCGCCAACCAAACCAGCGCCACCUUCUUGCGCAUUGUUGGCAGCGAGUUGAUCCAGAAGUACUUGGGUGAUGGACCACGUCUCGUUAGACAACUAUUCCAGGUUGCCGCCGAGAACGCCCCCUCCAUCGUCUUCAUCGAUGAAAUCGACGCCAUCGGCACCAAGCGCUACGAAUCCACCUCCGGCGGCGAGCGCGAAGUGCAACGCACGAUGCUCGAACUCCUGAACCAGCUCGACGGCUUCGACGACCGCGGCGACGUCAAGGUGAUCAUGGCGACCAACAAGAUCGACACCCUUGACCCCGCACUCAUCCGCCCCGGCCGCAUCGACCGCAAGAUCCUCUUCGAGAACCCGGAUCAGCAGACCAAGCGCAAGAUCUUCACGCUGCAUACCAGCAAGAUGAGCUUGAAUGAGGAUGUUGAUCUGGAGGAAUUUAUCACGCAGAAGGAUGAUCUUUCGGGAGCGGAUAUUAAGGCGAUUUGCUCGGAGGCGGGACUUAUGGCGCUGAGGGAGCGUAGGAUGAGGGUGCAGAUGGCGGAUUUUAGGGCCGCGAGGGAGAGGGUGUUGAAGACGAAGACGGAGGGCGAGCCGGAGGGGUUGUACUUGUAAGAUGUGCCUGGCCGGAAUUGGGGGAGAUGGUGAGGAUGUACUUUAAUCACUAGCUGAGAGAGAAUGCAAGGU